ACACACAUGUUGUUAUCAUGGCUACGUCAGAGAGCGUUGUCCUACAAAAUGCCAAAUAUUAAACAACUUUAAACAGGACAAACGAUACCGUGUUUAUCCUUUGAAUUCACACAGAAGACGGUUAUUGGUUUAUCUUUAAAACCUGGACGAAAAAAGGUCGCGCGACGAUUGUGUACUAAAAACUAAAAUAGCUAGUAGCUAGCUAGCUACUGUAGCUAGCUAACGUUAGCCCUAGGUUACGAAGUCAAAUAUCUACAUAAAGUUACUGCAUGAAGUUGCUUAACAAGGACAAAAUGUCUAGCCUUAACACUCACAGUAUUUUUGAGACAGAAACAACAUCGAUUAUGGCUUUUGUCGUUGAGACGGCGGUAGUAGAAAUUAGCCAACUGUUUUUGGACAAGGAAUCAAUCGUGGCGACAAACCCAAGUAACCUGCGGGAAAAGGUGAGCAACGUUGUUCAAUCUUACAGAGAUUGUCAUUGUUUGUUUAGCUAAUUAACUAGCGUUAGUUUGGAUCUUGUGAGUCUGACUGCCCCCAAUUACACCAGGGGUGUAUUGUUAAAUAAAAGUAUGUAUUACAGUGUCUGUAAUUAAGAAAAAUUAAGGAUCUUCCAAAACCAGUAGUUGUUGAAAUAAACAUGUAGCUCACUCCUCUACCCUACAAAGCAACACAGUGUUGAUUACUAUAAUGUAAAGCUGGAGAAGUGAAUGCAUGAUCCCAUAAUGAUGAUCAAUUGAAGAUCAAUCUGGUGUAAAGUUACUCCCCCAUGAAGCCAGUACAAAGAAAUUGCAAGAGUCAAGUACAAUAAAUGUUUCUUAGUACAAUAAACCUACGAGCUGGUUCACUCAGACUGUAAAACACUCUGGGUUCACUUAUGGCCUUUUUGCAUACAGUACCAGUCAAAAGUUUGGACACACACACUCAUUCAAGGGUUUUUCUACAUUGUAGAAUAAUAGUGAAGACAUAAAACUAUGAAAUAACACAUAUGGAAUCAUGUAGUAACCAAAAAAAGUGUUAAACAAAUGAAAAUAUAUUUUAUGUUUGAGAUUCUUCAAAUAGCCACCCUUUGCCUUUUAUGACAGCUUUGCACACUCUUAGCAUUCUCUCAACCAGCUUCACCUGGAAUGCUUUUCCAACAGUCUUGAAGGAGUUCCCACAUAUGCUGAGCACUUGUUGGCUGCUUUUCCUUCACUCUGCCGUCCGACUCAUCCCAAACCAUCUCAAUUGGGUUGAGGUCGGGGGAUUGUGGAGGCCAGGUCAUCUGAUGCAGCACUCCAUCACUCUCCUUACACAUCCUGGUAGUGUGUUUUGGGUCAUUGUCCUAUUGAAAAACAAAUGAUAGUCCCACUAAGCCCAAACCAGAUGGGAUGGCGUAUCGCUGUAGAAUGCUGUGGUAGCCAUGCUGGUUAAGUGUGCCUUGAAUUCUAAAUAGAUCACAGACAGUGUCACCAGCAAGGCACCCCCACACCAUAACACCUCCUCCUCCAUGCUUUACGGUGGGAACUACACAUACGGAUAUCAUCCGUUCACCCACACUGCGUCUCACAAAGACACAGCGGUUGGAACCAAAAAUCUCAAAUUUGGACUCCAGACCAAGGACAAAUUUCCACCGGUCUAAUGUCCAUGUUUCUUGGCCCAAGCAGGUCUCUUCUUCUUAUUGGUGUCCUUUAGUAGUGGUUUCUUUGCAGCAAUUCGACCAUGAAGGCCUGAUUCACACAGUCCCUUCUGAACAGUUGAUGUUGAUGUGUCUGUGACUUGAACUCUGUCAAGCAUUUAUUUGGGCUGCAAUUUAUGAGGCUGGUAACUCUAAUGAUCUUAUCCUCUGCAGCAGAGGUAACUCUGGGUCUUCCAUUCUUGUGGCGGUCCUCAUGAGAGCCAGUUUCAUCAUAGCGCUUGAUGGUUUUUGCGACUGCUCUUGAAGAAACUUUAGUUCUUGAAUUUUUCAGUAUUGACUGACCUUCAUGUCUUAAAGUAAUGAUGGACUGUCGUUUCUCUUUGCUUAUUUGAGCUGUUCUUGCCAUAAUAUGGACUUGGUAUUUUGCCAAAUAGGGCUAUCUUCUGUAUACCCCCCCUACCUUGUCACAACACAACUGAUUGUCUCAAAUGCAUUAAGAGGGAAAUACAUUUCACAAAGUAACUUUUAAGAAGGCACACCUGUUAAUUGAAAUGCAUUCCAGGUGACUACCUCAUGAAGCUGGUUGAGAGAAUGCCAAGAGUGUGCAAAGCUGUCAUAAAGGCAAAGGGUGGCUAUUUGAAGAAUCUCAAAUAUAAAAUAUAUUUUGAUUUAACACUUUUUGGUUACUACUUGAUUCCAUAUGUGUCAUUUCAUAGUUUUGAUGUCUUCACUAUUAUUCUACAAUGUAAAAAAUAAAGAAACCCUUGAAUGAGUAAAUUUGUCCAAACUUUUGACUGGUAGUGUAUAUCAUGUCAUGUAGUACUAGGCUGGCUGCUAAUGUUAACUACAUUCAUUGUCAAUGCACGAUAUUUGUUCAACACCUGUGAUUGGACUGUUAGAAAAUCCAUAAGAACAGCAGUUAAAUUGUACACAUAUCACCACUUCAUCCGUGCUUAAUAACAACAACAUUGGGUUAUCGUUUUGUAAGCUAGUUAGCAUACACAGACAUUUGCUUACAUGCAUUGCUAUGGUUACACAGUACCACAAGCUGUCAAAAUAGACCAAAAAGUACAUUUUCUACACAAAUCAUUUAGAUACUGAAAUGUUUUCCCACAUCCCUUGAAUUGGUGCUUGCUGCAUCCAUAUCCGCGCGUUGUUGCCACGGUUUUUUAAUGUGGGGAUAUAGUUUUUCCCUGAUUCACUUCCAUUAAUCAAAGCUCCGAAAGGAGGAGUAUGAUAAUGGCGGCCCGGUGACUUCAAAGGCUCUUACUGGCUAAGACGGUGUCAGCUGUCCAGGGUUUCUAUACGUCAUUGGUCCCUCCCCGUUUUGUACUGUUUCCUUCUGUUUGGUUCGUUUGGUCUCUAGUAAAUACACCCUAGGGAAGGGGUGACAAACUCAUUUUAGCUCAGGGGCCACAUGGAGGAAAAUCUAUUCCCAAGUGGGCCGGACCGGAAAAAUCAUGGUGUGUGUGUAUGUAUAUAUAUAUAUAUAUAUAUCUUAAACAACAACUUCAGAUUGUUUUCUUUGUUUUAAUACAAUCAACAUACAACAUAAAGCUGGAGCCUGAGGACAGUGUGUCCAAAAUAGUACAAGCACAACAUCACUAUUAAUCAUAAAACACGUCAAGUUUAUUUGAAAAUUCUAAAGAAAAAGAACACACAAACACACAAUGCCUCAGUGAUUAACAGAACUGUUUCACAGAUCACAGAACUAUAUCAGGGUGUCAUUUCUCAGGCAGAAAUGUAAAUAAAAAUAAUGAAAUCCUGUUCCCCAAACAAGUGCAAGAACCACAGAGUCAAGAAUAGGUUAAAUAUACAAAUAAAAUAAAAACAAUUAAAAACAAUAGCACAUCAACAUAAAAACAUAUAAACAUAAAUCUGAAAGCGUUGCUCAAACUCCCGUAACAGUCCCGUUAUUUUAUAUUUGAACCGCUUCAUGUCUGCGACAUGUUGAGUCGCGCACACAUUUUUCAGACAGGGGAAGUGAGCUGCAUCACCACCGGCAAGUUGCGUCUCCCACAAUGACAGCUUCAACUUGAAAGAACGUAUGCUGUCAUAAUACUGCGUGACAACUUUGUUGCGCCCUUUCAGCUGUUUGUUCAAGUUAUUCAGGUGCUCUGUAACAUCCACCAUAAAUGCAAGGUCCUGCAUCCAUUCUGCGGAAUGAAAUUCUAACACUGGUUUGCCCUUUUCUUCCAUGAACUGUUCAAUUUCUUCUCGUAAAUCAAAGAAACGCCUCAGCACAGCACCUCGGCUUAACCAUCUUACCUCAGUGUGGUAUGGCAGGCCAUAGAUGUGGUCUUUCUCUCUGAGAAGGCUGUCAAACUGACGGUGAUUCAGGCUUCUGGAUCGGAUGAAAUUAACAGUUUGGAUGACCACCUUCAUGACGUUAUCCAUCUUUAAUGACUUGCAACACAAAGCCUCCUGGUGCAAAAUACAGUGAAAAGUCCAAAAAUCUCGUCCUCCAUUUGCAGAUUGCACUUUCUCUCUGAACUUUGUCACAACGCCUGCUUUUUUUCCCGAUCAUUGAGGGCGCACCAUCUGUAGCCAGGCUGACAGCGCGGGACCAGUCCACUCCGACCCUGUCCAGCGCGCCGACGAGUGCGGUAAAAAUAUCAGCUGCUGUCGUUGUAUCUGUCAUCGGCACCAACUCCACGAACUCCUCGGUGACGGUCAAUGUGUCAUCAACUCCGCGGAUGAAAAUGGCCAGUUGUGCAACAUCUGUAAUGUCCGUGCUUUCAUCAAUUGCAACCGAAAACGCAAUAAAUGACUUUACUUUUUGCUUCAACUGGCUGUCCAAAUCCACUGAAAGAUCGGAAAUCCUGUCUGCAACUGUUUCUUGUCAGGCUGAUAUUUGCAAAAGCCUGCCGCUUUUCAGGGCACACAAUCUCCGCUGCCUUCAUCAUGCAUGUUUUUACAAAUUCACCCUCACUAAAUGGUUUUGAAGCCACUGCGAUUUCAUUAGCAAUGAGGUAGCUAGCUUUCACUGCAACGUCACUGAUGUCUCGGCUGUGAGUAAACACAGACUGCUGUUUCUUCAGACCCGCCAACAGUUCAUUCACCUUCUCUCAUCUCCGCUGUCCUUGAAAGUUGUCAUAUUUGUCGGCAUGAAGACUCACAUAGUGGCGACGAAGGUUAUAUUCUUUCAGCACUGCAACAUGCUCUGAACACACCAAACAUACAGCUUUCCCAUUCAAUUCCGUGAAUAAAUAGGAUGACCAUUUUUCUUGGAACACUCUGCACUCUGCGUCCACUUUUCUCUUUUUUGACAGAGACAUAUUGGGGCAAUGAGGGUGCCAAAGCACAUAAUGUUAAAAGUAGAAGCCGUAAUAAAUAUCGCGGGCAAAACAAAGUAGCUCAUUGGCUGCACGUGCUUGACCUACUUGCUCUGCCCCGGUAUAAACAGUUUGCUUGCUUAACACAAUUGCUAUUGCGCCAUCCAGUGGACGCAAUUGGAACAGCAGUUUAUUUUAUUGAAAAAUUGCAGCGCAUUUUUAUACUUUACAAAAAUAUAUAUAUUUUAUUUUCAAAAUCAUCUCGCGGGCCAGAUUAAACCCGUUUGCGGGCCUGAUCCGGCCCGCGGGCCGGACGUUUGACACCCCUGCCCUAGGGGGUAUUCAUUGGUCGCAGACCAUAGGAAAACGUUUGGCCUGUUGCAAACGGAAACUGUUUACUCUAGGAGCCAAAGCGAAGCAAACAGAACCAAACGGGGAGGGACCUACCCGAAUUUGAUCAAUAGAAACUGUUGUUUUCGUUGCAAAACUGUUUGGAGUAAACUGUUUCCGUUGCACAGCGUUUGUUGCUACGGUCUGCGACUAAUGAAUACAUCCCAGGCGUUACCUGGGUCAUCAACCUAGCCAUAACAUUACAUUUAGAAGGAAUUCUCUCCUUCUAGUCGUAAUUAACAUAUAUUUGGCAACACGUGAUCCUUGGUGAUGUUCAAGUGAAACUAUUUGAAAAACGUUCCUCUAUCCAGACAUGGAAGGUGUCGCUGGCCCACAAGAAAUGACAGCAAAUUGAGAAGAUUUUAAAUACUGCUAGUUAUUAAAGGUAGACUCAGCGAAAUGACGUUGCCUCAAGCAUAACCGCAGAUAUUGAGAUGCAGCACUUCGCUGUCACAGUCACACACAGAAUCUGCGCAUGUGCACAAGUUCGCUUCACGCUGUUAUUGCGUGGUAGCCACGGGACCAAAACGGGAGAAGUUGAGCCUCACGCUUCAACGCUCUUAGUUGUUACGGAAAUUGACCCACUAUGGCUGCGUUUACACAGGCAGCCCAAUUCUGAUAUAUUGUUUCACUAGUUGGUAUUUUGACCAAUCACAUAAGCUCUAAAAAAGAUCUGAUGUGAUUGGUCAAAAUAAUUGGUCAGCCUAUGCUGUUUACUUUCUGAAUCUACGUCAUAUCGCUGAGUCUACCUCAUGCUAGGCUAGCUAAUGCUAAAGCAGCCCAUUAGAUUCCAUGAAAACGCGAUGCCUGGCGUUGGGGUAAGUACUGAGUAGCUGCCUGAAGAGUUCUGGAAUUAAAUGAGCUGCUUUUGCAUUGGGUACCUAGCAUGACGACGAAAAAGGCAGUUUAAUGAUAAUUAGGACUAUAGCGACACCUUCCAUGCCUGGAUUGAGGUACAUUUUCAAACCAUUUCACUGACGCGCACAGAGUUGAUAUUCUGGUAUAUUUGGUUUUCAAGUAGGGUCUGUGUAUAAAUAGCCCAGAUACGAUAACUUUUAUAUACUAGACUUCAAAUACGAGGUUGGCAUGUCAUUAUCAAUCCGUUUGACAUAAGUCUGUACCUGUUUAGCGACGUGUCCCACGUCAGAAGGUAUAGCUGUAGACAGUUUUUAUUAAAUCGGCAUCCCUUUCAUUACCGAACACUGCACAAUAAAGUAUUCAAUCCAGUUGUGAGUUGCUACCCCCUCCCCAAAUCAAAAUAAAAAAUGUAUUACAUGUUAUGUUCUCGCUUUGUGCAUACACCUGUCUGUGUUUCACACCUGUUUGUUCUAGCUAAUCAGCCUUGCAAUACAGGUGCCGUGCUGCCCGUACUUAAAGUCUAGUAUCUGGGCCAGUGAAGUAUAAAUGGCAAAGGAAACUAGCAAAUAAAAUAAAGUUAAGGAGCAACUUAGUUAGAAUGAAGCUAACAUACUUCAAUCUCUCUCUAGAAACAGCUUGGCACCAUAAUGCACCUGUUGACAAAGGAGGCUGUUCGUAAAAUCUGCAGACUAUUCCUAGAGGUCUCUGCUGCUUUACAAAAUGAAAAUGAGAAACUGAAGAUCAAGGUGGAGCAGAUGGAUAAAGAUCUGAAGGGGAUGGUUGAGGGGCGAGAAGAACCGAAAAGACCAACCCAUAUUCUGCACAAUGGAAAGAUCUUUAAAAUUAAACCAGUUGGUGAGUGUGGGCCCAGCAACUAAUCACUGUCUAUUGACUAUAGCAAAGGAAAGAUGUAUGGUUUGCUUGUACUGGUAGUUUUUGUCUUCCACCUGUUUGUAAAGGGAUGUGAUGCACAACAGCACAAUGUUGUUCAACGCAAAGGAAAUUCGACUUGUAAAGUUUUUUUCUGCUUGUUAUUUAAGAUCUCCCGAUGAUGCCUGUUAACAAUGUGAAGACAAACACAGUGGCCUCAGCAUUGCUCAGCAUUGGAGAUGUCAGUCAAGUAAACACUGUCAUCGUACGGGAAGAGGUAUGUUCUUGUAACUGUUAUGUUCAUUUUGUGUGUAUGAUUUUAAUAAAUCUGUAAAAUGUCUGUGUAUAUUAAUGCCUCUCCUCCAUUCUAGACUACUGAGGGAAAUACAGGCUGUAGCACCGACCCUGUGAAGGAGAGGAUUGCGAUGAAAUCAGGCACUAAAACAUCAGUCAUUGAAGGUAAUAUCCCAAAGAAACAUGUGUUCAGUCCUAAAUGGCACCCCAGGGCUUGACAUUCAGGUAUUUGCUGUGCCAACUGAAAGCUACUGGCCCGGGCCAAGAUCUUACAGGAAAGCGGAUGAUGCGCGCAUAAUUUAAUAGCAGGUGAUUUUAUUUUUCAUUUGCGGACUGAGCUUAUAAUAACCUACCCUCCAUAUCCAAACAAUUACAUUUUAACUUGACAAUGUCAUUUUUACAUUGAUUGUUUGGAGGGAAAAAAUAAAACCUUGGCACAAUCUAAAAAAAAAAAAGGUUGUUAUUUUUAGCGAUUUUUAACAAACACAUGGUUUUCAUGUGUUUGAUGCCAUUUCAUUCGCUCCAUUCCGGCCAUGAUUAUGAGCCGUCCUCCCCUCAGCAGCCUCCUCUGGUGUACAUGUGAUUGCAGAGUUUGCUAAAAAAAAAUGCCCACCUGAUUGAUAUACAGUGGGGGAAAAAAGUAUUUAGUCAGACACCAAUUGUGCAAGUUCUCCCACUUAAAAAGAUGAGAGGCCUGUAAUUUUCAUCAUAGGUACACGUCCAAUAUGACAGACAAAUUGAGGGAAAAAAAUCCAGAGAAUCACAUUGUAGGAUUUUUUAUGAAUUUAUUUGCAAAUUAUGGUGGAAAAUAAGUAUUUGGUCACCUACAAACAAGCAAGAUUUCUGGCUCUCACAGACCUGUAACUUCUUCUUUAAGAGGCUCCUCUGUCCUCCACUCGUUACCUGUAUUAAUGGCACCUGUUUGAACUUGUUAUCAGUAUAAAAGACACCUGUCCACAACCUCAAACAGUCACACUCCAAACUCCACUAUGGCCAAGACCAAAGAGCUGUCAAAGGACACCAGAAACAAAAUUGUAGACCUGCACCAGGCUGGGAAGACUGAAUCUGCAAUAGGUAAGCAGCUUGGUUUAAAGAAAUCAACUGUGGGAGCAAUUAUUAGGAAAUGGAAGACCUACAAGACCACUGAUAAUCUCCCUCGAUCUGGGGCUCCACGCAAGAUCUCACCCUGUGGGGUCAAAAUGAUCACAAGAACAGUGAGCAAAAAUCCCAGAACCACACGGGGGGACCUAGUGAAUGACCUGCAGAGAGCUGGGACCAAAGUAACAAAGCCUACCAUCAGUAACACACUACGCCGCCAGGGACUCAAAUCCUGCAGUGCCAGAUGUGUCCCCCUGCUUAAGCCAGUACAUGUCCAGGCCCGUCUGAAGUUUGCUAGAGUGCAUUUGGAUGAUCCAGAAGAGGAUUGGGAGAAUGUCAUAUGGUCAGAUGAAACCAAAAUAGAACUUUUUGGUAAAAACUCAACUCGUCGUGUUUGGAGGACAAAGAAUGCUGAGUUGCAUCCAAAGAACACAUUUACAUUUACGUCGUUUAGCAACACCAUACCUACUGUGAAGCAUGGGGGUGGAAACAUCAUGCUUUGGGGCUGUUUUUCUGCAAAGGGACCAGGACGACUGAUCCGUGUAAAGGAAAUAAUGAAUGGGGCCAUGUAUCGUGAGAUUUUGAGUGAAAACCUCCUUCCAUUAGCAAGGGCAUUGAAGAUGAAACGUGGCUGGGUCUUUCAGCAUGACAAUGAUCCCAAACACACCGCCCGGGCAACGAAGCAGUGGCUUCGUAAGAAGCAUUUCAAGGUCCUGGAGUGGCCUAGCCAGUCUCCAGAUCUCAACCCCAUAGAAAAUCUUUGGAGGGAGUUGAAAAUCUGUUGCCCAGCGACAGCCCCAAAACAUCACUGCUCUAGAGGAGAUCUGCAUGGAGGAAUAGGCCAAAAUACCAGCAACAGUGUGUGAAAACCUUGUGAUGACUUACAGAAAACGUUUGACCUGUGUCAUUGCCAACAAAGGGUAUAUAACAAAGCAUUGAGAAACUUUUGUUAUUGACCAAAUACUUAUUUUCCACCAUAAUUUGCAAAUAAAUUCAUAAAAAAUCCUACAAUGUGAUUUUCUGGAGAAAAAAAAUCUAAUUUUGUCUGUCAUAGUUGACGUGUACCUAUGAUGAAAAUUACAGGCCUCUCUCAUCUUUUUAAGUGGGAGAACUUGCACAAUUGGUGGCUGACUAAAUACUUUUUUCCCCACUGUAUCAUACUGCCAGGCAGGCCUACUUUGCAGUCAACAUUUAAUUGGGACGUUUUUGGGGGAAGGCCUUUUAAAUGACUGUUUCGGCAUGCUAAAUGGCUAAACAACAUACACAGGCAUUACUUCAGAAAAUUGCAGGAAAUACAAAUCACUGAUGCAUUAUUUUCUAUUCAUGAAUUAUGAGAAACUAGUGCAAUUAAACACAUUUUCGAAUAAGUUAAAUACAUUUUUUGAAUCUGUCCACUUCGGACCAUUCAACCAAGACCUCGGACCAAACUUUUUAAAUACCUAGUUUGCAUACCCACCCAUUCUUGCCUUGGCAUUUACUGGUAGGCUAGAUAUCAUAACUUGAAACCUAUUUUCUACCACUUUCCUAUGCCUACCGCUCUUCUGUGAGCUGCUCCAGACUGCUCGACAACCAGUUGUUUAAAAGCUGCUCGUUCUUGCUGCCCGGUGAUAUUCCGCUCAAAGUAGGCAGUGUGGCACAGUGUGCUAAAUCUUCAGGAAUGUGUCUGUUUUUUUCAUCAAUUAGCCUAGAUUGAAAAUGGCAUUGUACAAAAACAAAUUCACUGGCCCAAGCGGGCCACUGACAUGGAUGAUUGACUAGCCCGGAUUGUUUCCAAAACCUCCCCGGACCAGCGGGCAGCCAUGUAAGUCGAACCCUGCACCCUAUUCACUAUAUAGGGGUGCAAUUUGGGACACAGCCAUACAGUUGUUACUGGUACAAUUUUGUGUUGUAUUGAAAGAUGGCUGUCAAACCAUUCAUUUACUGUAGUAUAAUGCCUGUAUAUUCCUCUCAUCUGUAGGUGAUGCGGAGGCUUACAGUAAACCGACAGAGACUUAUCUUCUUCUCUCUGUGGGAGCCUCAAGUGGACUGAAUACAAAGCCCUCAUUUAGAGACACUGAAUCCAAGGAUGAACCUAUGAGAACUGUUGUUCCAGAGGAAACCGACAGCGGGAGAGACAGCCAUGAAAAAGAGACAAGCAGCAGUACUGCUAAUGGGACAGGAUCCACAGAAAACGAAAGCCACGGAAUACAGCAGAGCAUUUCCAAACCAAAGAAACCCUUCAAGUGUGACAUAUGUGAGAAAACCUUCCACGCGAACUGUCUGUUGAAACGCCAUAUAGCAGUCCACAAUAAACCGAAGGGGCCCUUUAAGUGUGACAUUUGUGAGAAAACCUUCCGCCUGAACUGCAUGCUGACUCAACACAUGCAAACUCACUCAAAAGAGAAACCUUUCAGUUGCAACGUUUGCGGAAAGAAAUUCGGUAGUAAGACAAAUCUGAAAUCACAUGAGUUUGUUCAUGCAGAGGUGAAACCGUUCAACUGCCUCACUUGUGGACGGGGUUUCACAUCAAAGUCCAUGCUUGACGUACACCAGAGAGUUCACACAGGUGAAAAACCAUACAGCUGUACUAUGUGUGGAAAGAAUUUCAGUAUAUCUCAAAACCUGAAAACGCAUAUUAGAUCUGUACAUAUGGAACGUACAGAACGCCCACACCCAUGCUCCCAGUGUGACAAGACCUUUUGGCGUCCUGCCGAAUUGCAGGAGCACCAGGUAGUUCACACAGGGGAGAAGCCAUUUAGAUGUGAAAUAUGUGAAGCUACUUUCAGCUUUAAGGAAAACCUUACGCGACACCAUCGAAUUCACACGAAGAAGAGGCCGUACAAAUGUGAGGUGUGUGGAAAGACUUACAUUCAGUCCACCAAUUUAAAAGCUCACAUGCUAGUUCAUGGGGCAUUAAAACCAUUUAUGUGUGACAUAUGUGGAAAGACGUAUCUUUACAAUUAUCAACUGAGAAUUCACAAGCUAUCACACGUGGCUAAUGGAGAGGGGCACUCAAGAACCAGAAAGAACAAGGCCAACCAACAAAAACAAACCGACCAACCAAAACCCUUCAGCUGUGAGAUAUGUUUGAAGGGCUUCAGCUCCAUCGGUUCUCUGAAAACACAUGGAAGAAUUCACACAGGAGAAAACAUAUACACUUGUUCCACAUGCGGAAAGACUUUUCUCCAUAAAGUUACUUUUGACUAUCACCAGAAAUUACACACUGGAGAGAAGCCCAAUGCUUGUGGUUGUUGUGGAAAACGAUUUAUUACAAAACAAUCUCUUAAGAUACAUGAGCUGAUCCAUACAGGUGAGAAACCACACAAGUGCAAUGAUUGUGGGAAGACUUUCGGAUUUAUCGGUAAUCUUAAAAGGCAUGAGCGAGUCCACACGGGAGAGAAGCCUUUCAGCUGUGAGGUCUGUGGGACACGAUUCAGACAAGCCAAUCAUGUCAAAACCCACAUGCAAGUGCACACAGGAGUCAGGCCAUACUCCUGCGAGAAAUGUGGGAAAGGCUUUUCUGAUUCAAGACACUUCAAAAAGCACAACUGUGUCGGUAGCUAUCGCAAAUCUUCUGAUCGCACUUUCAGAAGUAGGAAAUGAUGAUGUUGCAACCUGAAUAACUUGGACAUCGAAUAACUUGAGUGAAAUGUGUAUGAGUCUGAAUACUGAAAGACCUUGAUGUUUUUUUUAAUGAGUGGAUUUCCCAAAUUAUUCCAUAAUCUUGGCAUGUAAAUUAUUUCUAUACUGUGAUGAUCACAUCCCUAAUAUUCAUUGUUCAGUGACGCUUUCGUUCUAAUAGACAAAUCCAUAUAUUAACUACACUCUUUGUUCUUUGAAAUAGCCUUUUUGGGUAGUUUAAUUGGACAAAUAAUUUACUAUUUGAUUGUCUGGCUUUAUGAGAUUCUUUAGGUGCAGGGGAGGAUUAACAAAUACCAUUUAUGCAGGGUAGAAACUACGAGGGUGUUUUUUUUAUUUUAAAAUUUUUUUUAACACAGCAGUCAUUUAGGAAAUUAACUUUACUGUUUCAAGGUUUUGACAAAAAUAAACCUGAAAUAAAGACAGUGAUACUGUUACAAUAUUGUAUUUUUGUGUUUCUGUUGUAGUCUUUCUUAUUGAGCAUCUCUGUGACUGUGCCUUCCACACUGUAGCAUAGAAAUCAAGUCUCCUCUCCAGAGUGUUGCCUCUUCUGGUGGCGUUUUCUGUCGUUCAUUUGGGAGAAGCUUUGUCCACAUUCUGAGCAGUGGUACGGUUUCUCUCCAGUGUGCAUUCUCAUGUGUAUUGUGAGUGAGUUCUUUUGGAAAAAUCUUUUCCCACAACAGGAGCACUGGAAAGGUCUCUCUUUAUUAUGGACCCUUCUCACAUGACUCAUCACAUCACAUGAACGAGAAAAAGUAUUUCCACAUUCCGAGCAGGGAUAGGCUGCUCUUUCUCCAGAGAGUUUGAACUUGUGUGCUUUCUUGUGACACUUAAAUGUUUUUUCAAG